ACAGUGGAUCGGUCCCCAUGAUGUACUCUCUUGCAUGUGAUUAUAUCUUCCUCCUCCUGUCAAUGACACUGUAUAAAUGUCCAUCAGAUCACAUCUUCCACAUCUACCUCCCCGUAUGUUUCAGUAAGUCCUCUGCCUCAAUGGACUCCAGCCGAUCUGGACGCAAACUGAUUCCUGAAUACAGAGAUCCCCUCAUCCAAAGCCCAUCCAGGACGGCAUCGGUCAAGAACAAGAGUUGCACCAAUGGUAACACUGCUUCUGAUGCCGCUGCGAGAUCAAACUCACGGACCAACAAGAAGUUGAAUUCGAUACUGGUGGCUGCAAAAGGGCUCGGGUGUGCUACCUCCAUAUCGCCAGUAAAAGAAGCAAUAACUGUUCGGUCCGUCGGUCUUGAGGCAAAGAGAAGGCAGAGUGAGAAGGCAAAGAGGGACGGGAGGUUUGAUCAGAAAACAAGAGGGAGGAGCAGACGAAGAACCCAGGGAGAAGCAGAGGCGUCUCCUGCUGUCGUUCAGGUUUGCUGCGGUCCCGGGAUCCUGUUCUCCCCGGAUGCAACUUGUGUGGAUUGUGUUCACUCAAGAAGAAGAUCUGCAGCUGUAACAACCAGGCAAAGAGAGGAGGUAGUGUUCCAUUUUAGUCCAGUUUUCGAGGAAAUCCAAGAUGAUCAGUUCCGUGACUGGAGACACGAUAUUGAGGGAAUGUCCUACGAGGAGUUGCUGAACUUGAGCAAUAAGAUUGGAUACGAGAGCACGGGAUUGAAGAAGGACGAGAUGUUUCGCUGCCUCACAAAGGCCAAGAGUCGAAUGGACGAAACACUUCCUCUGCUUCUCCAUGCCGGAGGAGAAUGGGAAUGCAGCAUAUGCCAAGACGGACUCGAGUCCAGUAAUGAGGUGGGGAGAUUAGAUUGCGGCCAUUCCUACCACAUUCACUGCCUGAAGCAGUGGCUUCGGCACAAAAACGCUUGCCCCAUUUGCAAAGAUGCAGCAAUACUCCGCAACUGAGGCUUGCCGAAGAAUCAGGAAUGAAUUUUCACCUUCAGGACCAGAGAUUCCAACUUCCAGUUUUGUUUACAAAAUCAAAUUAAGCUUUGGACUUAGUCUGCAAGUUGUACACCUGCUCAUACAGCAUCUUCCACACCGCGUUCAAUGCCGUGGAACGAAUACCGAGUGGAAGUGGAAUUGCUAUGGAAAUAGGUUGGUCUCAUUCAAUUCUUUUUGCAUGUCUUCGUUCCACACAGUACCUCUUUGAAGUCCGAAAAUGUCGUUCCCAACACAUCAGAAUACUCUUUACCAAAUCGACAUGCAGUUUCUGAA